ACACAACAAGCAGGAAGCCAUUUGUGAGGAUGGACUGAGAGCUGAGUCCAGGUGUACAAAGCAGCUCUGGGAUUUAGCAUUGGAGGAGCCCUCCUAAAACUGCAGGAGACCUCACCAGGGAGGCAGGCCAGGAACCGAUCUCCUCACACAUCAUGGAUACAGAUUACGACACAACAUUUGAGGAGGACUCACAGAUGCCAAAUGAUGAUGAAGUUCCAUAUAGUGAUGAUGAAACCGAUGAUGAACUGGAGAGUCCAAACUCAGACGAACCUGAGCAAAACAGAAUCAACAAACAAGCAGAGCUCAGCCAAGUGCAGAUCCCAAAAGAAUGUAAUUGGCAAGUGAAAGCGAACGACCGCAAUUUCUACAAUCAACCUGAAUUCAUGAUAAAGUCCUUCCUUUGUUUUACGAAGAGCAAGUACUCGGGAAAUGCCAUAAAGACCUACAAGUAUAACCCAAUCACCUUCCUGCCAAUGAACCUGUUUGAGCAAUUCAAGAGGGCGGCCAACGCUUACUUCCUAGUCCUCCUCAUCCUCCAGACAAUUCCCCAAAUAUCCACCGUCUCGUGGUCGACGACUCUGAUCCCUCUGCUGCUCGUACUGGGCAUCACUGCCAUCAAAGAUCUGGUGGACGACAUUGCUCGUCAUAAAAUGGACAAUGAGGUUAACAACCGACCCAGUGAAGUCAUAGAAGACGGGAGAUUUCAGAAAACUAAAUGGAAUAACAUCCACGUUGGGGACGUCAUCCGAAUUAACAAGAAUGAGUUUAUUCCGGCAGACGUGCUGUUACUAUCCAGCUCAGAACCGAACAGUCUGUGUUACGUAGAAACGGCCGAGCUUGACGGAGAAACGAACUUGAAGUUCAAAAUGUCGCUGGAGGUGACGGACAAGCUGCUGCAGGAGGAGAGGGCACUGGCUGAUUUUGAUGGGUUCGUUACAUGUGAGGAGCCCAAUAAUCGCUUGGACAAGUUUGUUGGGACUCUGUGCUGGAGAGGAACGACUUACCCUCUGGACGCAGAUAAAAUCCUCCUCAGGGGCUGCGUCAUCCGCAACACCACGUACUGCCACGGCCUCGUACUGUUUGCAGGCGCUGACACAAAAAUUAUGAGGAACAGUGGGAAAACCAGAUUGAAGAGAACAAAAAUUGAUUAUCUCAUGAAUUACAUGGUCUACACAAUAUUUGUUCUCCUGAUCCUGGCAUCAGCCGGCCUUGCUAUCGGACAGACGUUCUGGGAUGCAAAGCUGGGUCAAGCUAAUGUGUCGUGGUAUCUUUAUGAUGGGAAUGAUUACACGCCGUCUUAUCGAGGCUUCCUGGCGUUUUGGGGUUACAUCAUUGUUCUGAAUACCAUGGUACCCAUUUCUCUUUAUGUGAGUGUGGAAGUGAUUCGUUUGGGCCAGAGUUACUUUAUAAACUGGGAUCUGCAGAUGUACCAUAGUGAUAAGGAUACCCCGGCCAAAGCCAGAACGACGACCCUGAAUGAGCAACUGGGACAAAUCCAGUAUAUCUUCUCCGACAAAACUGGGACGUUGACCCAGAAUAUCAUGACCUUCAAGAAAUGCACGAUCAAUGAAGAAACCUACGGUGAACAUAGACAGGGAGCGGGAAACAAGUCUACUUAUAGCGAGCAGGUAGAUUUUGGCUGGAAUCCCUUGGCAGACCCAAAGUUUACAUUUGGCGACCAUUAUCUGAUUGACCAAAUCCGGUCAGGAAAAGAUCCCGACGUUCGCCUGUUUUUCAAGCUUCUCGCCUUGUGCCAUACAGUAAUGGUGGAGAAGACUGACGGUGGUGAAAUAGCCUACCAGGCGGCAUCUCCGGAUGAAGGGGCGUUGGUAACUGCCGCCAGGAAUUUUGGCUUUGUGUUUCUGUCCAGAACCCAGAGUACUAUCACCAUCAGUGAACUGGAGAAGGAAGUCACCUAUGAAGUUCUUGGCAUUCUGGAUUUUAACAGUGACCGAAAGCGCAUGUCUGUUAUAGUGCGUGAGCCAAGUGGAAAAAUCAGACUGUACUGUAAAGGGGCCGACACGGUUAUAUAUGAGCGUCUAGAUCCAAAUAACCCCAUUAAGGACGCCACCCAGGAGGCUCUGGAUGUAUUUGCCAAUGAGACUCUUAGGACCUUGUGUCUUUGCUACAAGGACAUCAGCCACGAAGAGUUUGAGAAAUGGAAUAAAAAGUUUCAUGAGGCCAGCGUGGUCAUGACCGAUCGAGACGAGGCUCUGGAUAAAGUAUACGAAGAGAUAGAGACCAACCUAGUGCUCUUGGGCGCCACCGCCAUUGAAGACAAGUUGCAGGACGGCGUACCAUAUACAAUCUCUAAACUUGCCAAAGCAGACAUAAAGAUUUGGGUUCUCACUGGGGAUAAAAAAGAAACAGCAGUUAAUAUUGGCUUUGCCUGUGAGCUUUUAACAGAUGAGACAAAGAUCUACUACGGAGAGGACAUUAAUGCUCUACUGCAGACGAGGAUGGAAAAUCAGAAGAACCGGAGUGGAGGCAACCCAAGGCCGGGUGCCAAUGACCCGGAGCCCUUCUUCCAAGGAGAUGAAAAAUGUUCUCUAAUAUUAACCGGUUCUUGGCUGAAUGAAAUUCUUCUGGAAAAGAAGAAAAAGAGGAAGAAACGCCUGAAGCUGAAAUUUCCCAGAACCGCAGAGGAGAAGCAAAAGGAUUUGCAAGAGAAACAGAAGAUUUACGCCUUAAAGGAGCAGAGACAGAAGAACUUUGUGGACCUGGCCUGCCAGUGCAAUUCUGUCAUCUGCUGUAGGGUGACUCCAAAGCAAAAAGCCAUGGUGGUUGAUCUGGUGAAGAAGUACAAGAAAGCCAUCACCUUGGCUAUUGGAGACGGUGCAAAUGAUGUCAACAUGAUUAAAACUGCCCAUAUAGGAGUUGGUAUCAGCGGACAGGAGGGUAUGCAGGCCGUGAUGUCCAGUGACUACUCCUUCGCUCAGUUCAGAUACCUCCAGAGACUCAUUUUGGUCCAUGGCCGCUGGUCAUACAUCCGCAUGUGCAAGUUCCUAAGCUUUUUCUUCUACAAGAAUUUUGCGUUUACAUUGGUUCAUUUCUGGUACUCCUUCUUCAAUGGAUUUUCUGCUCAAACUGUAUAUGAAGAUUGGUUUAUCGCACUUUACAACGUCCUGUACAGCAGUCUCCCUGUUCUCCUUGUUGGGCUGUUGGAUCAGGAUGUCAGUGACAAGCUGAGUCUGCGCUUCCCACGUCUGUAUAUCCCUGGCCAAAAGGAUCUGCUGUUCAACUACAAGAAGUUCUUCCUUAGCCUCUUCCAUGGUGUCGUGACCUCCCUGAUCAUCUUCUUCAUCCCCUAUGGAGCCUUUUUGUUAACCAUGGGGCAGGAUGGUGAGGCUCCCUCAGAUUACCAGUCGUUUGCUGUCACGACGGCCACUGCUCUCAUCAUCGCUGUCAAUUUUCAGAUUGGUCUGGACACCUCCUACUGGACCUUUGUGAACGCCUUCUCCGUGUUUGGAAGCAUCGCCAUCUACUUUGGAAUAAUGUUCGAUUUGCACAGUGCCGGAAUCCAUGUUCUCUUCCCAACCAAAUUUAUAUUCACAGGAGCGGCACCGAAUGCUCUCAGGCAGCCAUAUCUGUGGCUAACCAUCAUCCUCACUGUGGCAGUAUGCCUGCUUCCGGUUGUUGCAUUAAAGUUCUUGAGCAAGAUCCUGAGGCCAUCAGAAAGUGAUAAAAUUCAGAAGAAUCGUAAAAAAAUAAAAACAGAGGAAGCUCAGUGGAGGCCGCGGAUCAGCACAAUCAGACGCGGCACAGCUGGCAGACGAUCGGCAUACGCUUUCUCUCACCAACGAGGUUACGCCGACCUUAUUGCCACAGGACGCAGUAUCCAUAAAAAACGGGCUCCUCUGGAAGGCGUAUUUGGCGGCAACGCAGCGGAACGUAUCCAGUCGGCUGCAACUUUAUGAUGAAUUCUUGACAUUGCUUUUUAUUGCAGACUCUUGCACAUGGAAUUUUGUAUAAAUUUUUAUAAAAUGUUUCUCUUGCUCAGGACUUUUUUUUUUGUUUUAAUACAGACUGAACAUGUAACCUGGAGACUUUUCUCUUUGUGAACUCCUCCCUAUAUAGCAAAACCAAUUAUUUUUCACUAUUCAUUUUUCUACUUUAAAGUCGGCAUCAUUUUAGGAGGUGCCAAUCAUUGACUUACAGAAAUAUGCGUUUUCUACUGUAGGGGGUCGUGGAAGGACUGGUGGCCAUCAGACGAUUUUCCAGUGCACAUAGAUGGAGCAGUCUAGCUUUAGAUCUCUCAUCCAGGGGACACUUUUAUUACGAGCACAGAAAUCUGUGAAAUUAUUGUUUACGUUUUAACCUUUUAUUUAAUAUUGUUAAUAAACUGUAGAAAAAGUGUAUUUUUGUCUUUGAUUAAAGGUUUACUGCAAGCGGCGUCCAAUUUGAAUAAAAUAUAUAUGACAUUAAAGAGGGUGUAUGAGAUUAAAUAAAAGGGUGCGCUUUUUUUUUUUUUUCCCCUGACACAGCGCCACCCUUGUUCAUGGCGAUGUCCGGUAUUGCAGUUCAUAAGAAUAGCUUUGUUUCUAGAAUAAAAUUAGAUUUUAUUUUCCCCUAAAUUUGAACAACCCCUUUAAGAGAUGGGGGCAUGUUUUUGUUCUUAUUACAAAUGUUUUUGGAUAUAUCAGUCUUACAUAUUUUCCCCCAUGUCAUGUUUGUUUUUAUCCCAAAACUAGAUGAUUAUGCAGUCUGUUGCCGUCUCUUCUACAGCACAUAGAACUUCCCGUGACCACUUCUGUACACUAAUUACAUGUGUUCAAAGGGUGGUCACCCGCACAGGAACCCACGUGGUCAUUAGACCCAGAGACUGCAGGAUAAACUAAGAGGGAAUGUCUACAAGAAUUAUGAACGUGCCUUCUGCUCAUCCAUCCAAGGCUGAUUAAUGUAUGCAAUUGCAGUUACAGCAGUGGAGUGGUGCUUUAACCCCUUACAAAGCCAUUUUUGGCCUUAAAGGGGUUUUCCGGGAUUAUGAUUUUUAACAGAUAUGCUUAUGUAGUUGAAAAACUCCCUGUCCCACAGCAAUCACAUUAAGGGCUCAUGCACAUGGACCCGCAAACCAUGAACACAGGCCGCGUGCAUUCCGCGUUUUGAAGAAUGGAACGGCCAGCCGCCUAAUACAACAGUCCUAUCCUUGUCCGUAAUGUGGACUAUAAUGGGGCAUGUUCUGUUUUUUUGCAGAAUGGCCAUGAGGAAAUACGGGCUUGGUCAUUUCCAUUUUUUUGUGGCCCUAUUGAAAUGAACACAGAAAAAAAAAUGUUUGUGUGCAUGAGCCCUAAAGGUUAGUAGCAGCAGAUGUCCAAAUCCACUCACCACUACUCAACCAUGGGGCGAUUUGGUAAAAUCAGAUCUUCUAUGGGAGCUAGGUUUUCUAGAACAGUGCGUUUUUCUGCUUUUAAUGUGAAUAGGAUUGUUUGGACUAAUGCUGCUUUCCCACGUGCUGCAUUUUUUAUUUAUGUAUAAUCCAAUCCCUUUGGUUUGUUUCCAUCCCGUAUGUAGCACUUCCUGUUACUGUAUCCAACCAAACCCAUGAUGCACUUCUCCUUCCUCGGCCACAGCUCCAGCCCCGCCCCUAAAGCCCAGCUAGUUUAUAGCUCCUCCCAUCCAGCUAGUUACAUAGACAAUCUCCAAUCACUGCCCCAUCCAUGGACAAAACCUCACUGGAAAUAAGGAGGAGCUGCAUGGACCACAGCCCAGUAUGGAAGAUAGGAGCAAUAAAGGCAAAAUAAAUAAAAAAAACUAAAUAUAUAUAUAUUAAUAUAAAAAAUGUAUUUUAAAAAGAAAACCCUUUCUGGACCAAGAGAUAUUAUUUUUUUUAUUCAAUCAUCCAUAACUUUUUUAAAUUGAAGGUUUUACAGCUAUUUGAGAACUUUCUUUUUAGGGGGCAGGUCAUAUUUUUAGGUCAUAUAUGUUAGCAUUUAAUUUGUUUUUUGUUUGGUUUUUAUUAUGGAAUUUUUCAGGAAAAUGUAAUCAAGAUCAUAGCUUUAUUUUACAGGUAAGGACAAGUGUGGGAAUCCAUGAUAAGUAUAUGUUUUACUUUGUUUACUUUGAUUAAAUAAAAUUCUUUGCAGUUUGA